AAUCAAAAGAUGCACGGGCCCAAUCUGAGAACCCUAGCAAAGCCAGCCCGUCAAUUUCCAUCCCCUUCGCCCGCCCGCCCAACCACCAUGUCUCGACGCGGGGCAAUGCCAUCCACCGCCCCGCGCGCGCGGCUCUCGCCGCCGGCACCCGCCUCCCACCCGCCGCGGAAACGUGGCCGCUCUCCAUCGGCUCCUGGAAGCACGGCGUCGUGGCGCGCGUCCGCCGAGAACACCGUGCCCCUCUACCACCGCCGCCGCUGGCACAACCCGGAGCGUGCCCCUGGUCGCGUCUGGCAGCGGUUCCGCGCGCCCCAGCCUGCCUUACUCUCCUCCAGGCUUUGGAUUUGCUCGGAGGACGCCUCGACCUCCUCCUCCGGAGAUGCCUGCACUAUCAUGUCAUACAACAUCUUGGCUGAUUACAAUGCUCGGAAUCAUCCCGACCUUUAUUUGGAUGCCCCCUGGGAUGCAAUGAGGUGGGAUUCAAGGAGGCGACUUAUUAUUCGUGAAAUUAGGCACUGGGAUCCUGACGUAGUGUGUCUUCAAGAGGUGGAUAGGUUUCAGGACAUUGCUGCAGGAAUGAAGAGCAGAGGGUACGAAGGUAUAUUUCAGAGGCGUACUGGAGAUACUAGAGAUGGAUGUGCCAUAUUUUGGAAGUCAAAACAGUUACAUCUGGUUGAGGAAGAUAGUAUUGACUUUAGUGAAUUCAAUCUUCGAAAUAAUGUUGCUCAAAUAUGUGUUUUUGAGCUUAAUGGAACACACAAAUUUGUACUCGGGAAUAUUCAUGUUUUGUUUAAUCCAAAGCGCGGUGAUGUAAAACUGGGCCAGAGUGCUAUCUACAAGUUCUUGUCGACAAUGAAGCUGAACAUUUCUUUGCACGAUAGAAGGCAUUUAUCUGGACUUGAUAGCACUGAAUUUGGGUAUGAGCUUUGUAGCCUGCUCAAGUAUCAAUGGACUGAUGAAGAAGUGAGAAAUGCCACAGGGUAUUCAAAUGUCAUGGUGGCUGAACAUCCACUGAAGCUCAGUAGUUCAUAUGCCAUGUUAAAGGGAAAUUCAAACAAUAGGGGUCUUCAUGGUGAACCCUUGGCAACUUCCUACCACAGGAAGUUUCUUGGAACUGUUGAUUACCUGUGGCACACUCAUGGAAUUGAAUGCUCCAGAGUUUUGGACACGUUACCUAUUAGUGUUUUGAAGAGAACGAGGGGUCUUCCAACCAGGGAAAUUGGCAGUGAUCAUUUGCCCAUUGUUGCUGAAUUUGCUUUCACGGAAUCAGUUGAAGAUGAUUCCGAUGAAGAUGAUGAAUCUGAGCAAGAUGACGAAUCUGAGUAAGAAAUGAGCGAAGCGCAAUACUUAUUUUUCUCCUCAGACAGUGAGUCCCGUUGAAGUGACUGGAGUGAUUCAGUAUUUCAGUUGGUUAAAAAGGUUCGAGGUAAGUUAUUCAAGAACAGGGAGUAUGGUGCACCAGAGACUACAUUGCAUCUUUCAUGGUCCAUAAACAGAAUAUCUCCGGCUUCAUUGCACAAUGAAUUUCUCGGUAUCUUUGCCCGUGUACUGUAUGGGAUCCUGCUGUUCACAGAAUCAAGUAUCACAUUGAGCAGAAUCAAGUACCACAUUGAGCAGAAUCAAGUACGUGCUGCUGUGUGAAAGGCAAGAUUGCAACGAAGUGCUCUCUGCAAGUUUGUACGAACUAAUUAGUACUUACGAAGAACCGUCAAUUUAGUGGACAUAUUUAUUCCGUAUCAGAUGGUUAACUACAAUUUUUAAAGAACUGGCAAACGGCCCUGUCCCAUUUUCCAUUAAAAAAUAUAGAAAACACCACGACAAACUCAUAAAGGGUUACAACCUAAGAUCUAUGACUAUAUUAUGUUAACUGGUCUUAUUUUAUUCAUUCCAUCGGUACAUGUAAUUAUGAUAUGUCUGCUAGAACCAAACGCUCUUUUUGUGUAGACCUUCACGAGUAAUCAUUGCUUUUUAUGUUUUUCCGCUUA